GAAGUCUUUAUGAUUUAUGGAAUCAAAAUUAUAUUGUUAUGGGAAGCAAUGAUGAUCCUAAAUAUUAUGCUAGAAUUGCAUUGGGGGCAUAUGCAAAUCCAAUGGUAUCUGUUCACAAGGACUUUAGAUGCAUUCUUGUUUUGGAAGAGAAAAAUUUACUACAUGCUGAUCCAUCACUUUUGAAUAGAUUUGAAAAGCAAAAAUUGGUAAUUAAUGAUAUAUUGACAGAUGAGGAAUUUGAGCUUGUUGCUGAAUUGAAUAGCUGGGUGAAAAAGUUUUCUAUGGUUUCAGGAAGAAAUGCAGGGUCUCAAUCGCACAAUAAAUUUGAACAACAAGAUUUAUUUAUUGGUUUUGAUUCUAAUGAAACCAUACAAAGUUUGGUUAUAAAUAUAAAAAGAAAAUAUCCAAAUGCCGACAAUGAAGAAAUACUUGAAAAAUGCAAAGAAUGUCUUGUUGCUAUAGCAACUUUAGAUGGUAUGGUUAGAUCUGAAAAUUCUUUAUUAAAUCAUGAAGAGGUACUUAAAUGGAAAGAAUAUUAUUUUAAAAUACAACAUCAUAAUAGUCUUUUUGAUUAUUUUGAUGCAUUAUUGAAACAAAAUGAUCCAUAUAUGCCAGUAGCAGAAGGAAAACAAGUUAUUGUUAAUACAUUUUCAAACAUCAAUACUGAUAUAGAAGCUUGUCUGACAAAUAAGAUCAGUUGUCAAGUAGAUAAACUUUCAACAUUUAAAUCUGAAACACAAUUUCAAAAUAGAAUCAAACAUUUUUGGCAGGAAUCUGAUAAACAAAUGUUAAUUCUUCAAUGUGAUAUAACAACUGUCAAUGUGGGAUGUAUUAAAUUAGCUAAAUUUGUUAUUGAACAAUUACGUGGAGAAUUCUUAAUUAAAAGACGCAAUAGCAAUAAAAAAAUUCCAAUGAAACAUGCAUGCAUAAUUUUACACAUUCACCGUGAACAAGAAACACCUUUUGUUUCAUUUAAUUUCAUGUGUGGAUGGGAGCAAAUUACCAUUGAAACAUUACAAGUCCAAGAUAAACCUUUAUCCAGCCUUUUGGAAAAACCUAUGGCUGAUAUUAUCAAUACUACAUAUCCAUUUGAAGAUAUCUUGAAACAAGAAUUGUUAUGGUGUUUAUCAUGCAUGAAAUAUCCUCAUUCACAAAAAUCAUUGGAUCAUAUUAGGGUUCUGAUUACACAGAUUCCAAAUAAUAAAAAUCUGAUCACAUGUUUAAAGGACAGAACACAAGAAUGGUUGGAAACAAGUUCUGAACCAAAUUGGCAAAAUAAAGUUGCAUCAGACAAAAAACUUUUAUACCCAUAUUCUUCAUUUUCAGGUGCAUUACAAGCAUAUUUACGUAUCUUUAUUCGAAAACCAAUUGCAAAGCUUUUAUGUGCAAUUGAAAGGUUAUCAGCAACCAGAACCUUGCUUUUGAUUGAUAGACCACGAAAAAUAGAAGAAGUAGAACAAUCUCAUAAAUUACUUGAAUUCUGGAUAGAGUGUUUUAUGGAUCCAAAAAUUGUAAACACAGAAGAUAUACCAGAUCCUAAACCAGAUGUAUAUACUAUGCCUGCCAAUAAUUAUGACCUUGAAUUCCCAUUUUCACUUUAUUUUAUGAAAAGAAUUGAUUCAUUCAAACGGCUAUUUGAAGAUGAAAUAAAUCAGCAUAAGGAAAACGAGGAAAAUAUUGAUGAACAAACUGGUGAACUUUACCAACAUUUCUUUAAUGAUUAUACAAAAGGAUUUUCAACUACUGUUAUAAAUUCUAUACCAUCAUUCAAAAAACCAUCACUGAAUUUAUUUGCGGAUCUGUACUUUAAUGAUUUUGUUGCAGUAGUUUCAUCUAAUGAUUCUGCUGGUAACAGAAAUCCAAAAGUUUUAUCAUUUUUACUUCAAAGACUUAUGGGAGAAGAAAAAUUUUUAGACCCAGUAUUCUUACAUGCAUAUUGGUGGAGAAAUUCAAAUACUGUUUUAGCUGAAUUUCAAUUAACUCAAAUAUGUCCAAUGGUUAUUAGUAAGAUAACAAAUUGCAAUAACUCAGAAUCUUUUGAACAUUUACUAGUUAAAGAGACUGCAGAAAUAAUGUUACAGAAUAUUAGUGAAUCACGGAAUUUAACAUACAAUUCAUAUAUGUUUGAACAGUGGCAACGUGAUGUUACAAAAAUUUUAUCAUUUGGAGCAAAAGUUUUGAAAGGUCAACCAUUGCCUUCACUUCAAAUAUUACGUAUUUGUAAUGAUUUUAUAUCAACAAAAGCCAUUCCAUUAGCUAAUGUCAAAGAAAUAAUUACAAUUGGAAAAAAUUCAAGCCAAAAAGAAAUGCUUUCAGCUGAGUUUAUUAAUAAAGUAUUUGAUAUUCUUUAUAAAAUGGAACCAAAUGAAAAGAAUCUUAUUUCAAGAAGAUCAUUUAUUCUUAGAUGUCUUGAUAUUGUUGAUCUUGAAUCUAAACUUAGACUGCAAUUAUAUGUUAAAAUUUUCAGCCAAAGACCAUUUCCACUUAUGAGUGCAAUAAUACAACGUAUAUUCUUGCAAGAAGAUGAAGAUGAAGAUGAAAGUAUUCUUUUGACUAUUUUAGAAAAUCCAGGUUUGGCUAUCCGUGAUUCAGCAAGAUUAAAUGUAAUAAAUACUUGUCUUAAAAAUCAAGGACUUGAUUCUAUGAUGUCAACAUUAUGUUGUGAUGUUAUUCAAACAUUAUUUGAAACAUUUGAAUUAUCAGAUUUAGCAAAUUAUUUUGGAUCUGCAGCUAAAGCUAUAACUAAUCUUGGAACAGAAGCAUUACAAAAAAUAACUGCAAUUGCUUUUCUUAAAGUAUUUGUUGAAGGAUUCUGGAAUGAAUGUAUUCAAAGACACAAUUAUCAGCAACCAAUAGUUUUCGAUCUAAUGGAAACUGAUGGAGCAGUUUUAAUUAAAGAAAUUAAUGAUUUUAUGAGCAUACCAAAUCCAUUAAUCCAUUCAUUAAAAAUAUAUUUUCUAAGAAUUUUACGUAAUCGGCACAAUCUUCCACUCAAUGAUGUAAAACAAUUUUGUAAUAGACAAAAUAGAACACUUCCAUGGCUUGCAAGUAUUGCAUGGGAAGACAAUUCUCAAAAUAGACUUUCAUUUAAUCCUUACUGGGCCUUAGAUAUGUAUGCAGAAGCUGAUAAAGGAUUUUCUAGUUUAUACUCACUUAAAAAUAAAGCACCAAUUAAGAUCUUCCUACAAUCUGUACAAAAAAACGAAUCAAUAGGACAUAGAAUUGCAUUUGGUGGAGUAGUUGUACAACGUAUACAUGUAGUCCAUGCAUCAAGUGAAUGGUCCCUUGAUUAUGAUAAUGCCAGUAAAGAUCUUAGAACUGAAAUUAAUGGAAUGAAAACGCUUACACCACUUUAUAGACAAAUAAUUGACAAUAUUAUACAAAAUAAACAGCCAUUACUUCAACUAAACAAUAGGACAACAAAUGAAACUUUGUUAAUUAAAUCUGUAAUUGGACAUAUUGUAAUCUUACAUUCAUCAAUUCCUGCAGACUCAUCACCAUUAACUAUUUAUUUAAAUAAUCUAAAAAGCUGCCAUACACAUUAUAUUUUAACGGCACAAGCUGAUAAUGAAUCAGUCAUCAUGAAUGCUUUAACAUCUACUACUGGUGAACAAUUAACAAGAUAUUCAUGCCAGUGUGGUUAUAAAUAUGUUAUAGCAAACUGUGGUCAAGCAAUGGAAGCAAGAAAAUGUCCACAAUGUAGCAAUACAAUAGGAGGCGGAUCACAUAAAUCAGCUGCUGGUAAUCAAAGAUUGGAUCAUGCACCUCAGAGAAAUAUGACAGUUGUGAACCAACCUGGUUAUGUUGAAGAUCUAGUUGAACCUGGAAUUGGUCAUACAGUCCGUGCUAUGCCACCAAAUGCAUAUCGCAUCUUACAUUUAAUUGUUCAUGCAUUGAUUGGUUCUUCAAAUCAUGCUAAAAACUUCUUAAAAAUUAAUGGUAAUGCUGAAGAAUAUUGCCUUAAACAUAUACAAAAUGACUGGAAUGCACUUAAAAGAAUUUUCAAUUGCAAUGAUGAAAAUUUAGCACUAUUGUUACAUUCAAUUCUAACAGAAAUGUCAAAAAAACUUUUUACUGGUGGUCCAUCAACAAUUACAGACCCUGCUCAACGGGAUGUAUGGGAAUUACGGUUUGUUAAUGAUUAUGUUGAGCCACAAACAAAAAGCUUCAAUGAAUCUAUUACAAAUUUCCGUAGAAAAUUAGAUGCAGAAUCAAAAAAAGCAAAUGGAAAUACUAACAUAAUUGAAUCUGAAGUUAAUCAGACUAUAGAUAUGGAUGAUAAUUAUAAAGUUGAAUAUUUACCAAAUCUUUGGAGAACAAUAGGAGCUAUAAGUUUUGAAAGUUUCAGAGCAUAUUACAUUGCUGAUCAAACCAAUAACAAUAAAACAUAUCCAUUUCUUUCAAUAUUUUUUAAACAUUCUGAAAAGUUGACACAGAUUAAACAUCUUUUUCCCAUUAUUAAAUUUGCUGAGAUAUUGGCAUCAAGACUUGAGUAUAGAAUCAAUAGAAAAGAUGCUCAUAAUAAAUCAUUUCAAGAAUUUAUAAAUGAUGAAUCAAAUGGAGGAAUAGUUAAAGAGACACAUGAAACAUUAGCUAAGGCAUUUGAUGAAUUUUCAGAAGCAUGGAAUGCAGUGCAUGAUCAAGUCAAAAGAUAUCAAUGUAGUGAGUUUAAAUCAGUUAUUCCUAAGGUGACUUUAGAUAGCCCAAUUGCUUUUGGAUUAGUUGAAGAAAAAGAUACAGGGAUAUUUAUUUGUGCAAUUAUAAAUUACCUUGUGGCAUUACAAAAUAAUUUCUUGCUAGAAAUCACAACAAUUCCAAAUGGGUCUUGUAAAUCAUUAAAAUUUUUAGAAGAACCAUCUCAAGUUGAUGCUGAAUCAACAUCUGGUAAUGGUGGUAGUAGUAGUAGUUCAACUCAAACCAAUAAUUCAAAGAUAUCUAAUCAAUAUUAUCUACGAUUAUCAAGAGCAAACCAAUUAAUAAAAUCAAAUGUAAUUGAUUAUGAAUGGGAUGAAGAUAUUCUUCAAUAUAGUCAAAGAAUCCUUGCUAUUGGACGUGGUGAUGAUGUUAUUUAUGACUUGCAAAAGAUUGAACUUGAACUUGCACGUUGGUUGGUAUUUGAUAAAGCGUAUAUUGAAACUGUACAAGAUUUACCAUUAUAUUUAGAACCAUUUUCAUACCAUAUGGAAUUGUUCCAAGGAUAUUUGAGAAUCCUCA